GAUUCCGGAGGCCCGAUGCUGGACCCGAUCCGACCCAUCGGACCGCCCAUUGAUAGUUCUAUUCUAGUGUCUCCAAGACCAAAGCAAAGCUCGUCCUCCUUCGCUUCGAUCCCGGAAACGGAAGUCCGAAUUCUCACCGGUGUCGAAGAUCCGAUCCCGUCGCCGUCGAAGAUCCGAUCGGCAAUUAGCGUUUCCUCCCGUCGUUCUCCGAUCGAAACCCUACCAAACAUGCCUUUCAGAGGAAUGAUGGAAGUCGAGCCGCCGAGCCCGAUCAGGUACUUGAUAGGAGCUGCGAUCAUGAUGGCGGGAGUGGUGCUGCCCGUGGGCUACAUGAUGUUCCGCAACAAGCGCGCGCCUUCCUCCUCGUCUUCUUCGUCGUCGUACUCCAAGCAGACGAGCAAAGUGUUGAUUUAGAGAGAAUUUAAUUCUUUGAUUUGACGAGGCUUACUAAAUCCAAAAUAGAUUAGAAGGAAGGCCUUCGGAGGCCUGCAAAUUACAGUUGUAAAUGCUUUGGAACUUCAAUUCAUCAUACUGUUCUGAGUUUCGCUUCAAGUUUACGAUAGUGAGUGAAGAUGGUUUCUUCUGUGUUGUUACCCA